AUGGCUAUUUCCAAGAACUUACCAUUAUUGAACAACCACUUCAGAAAGCACUGGCAAGAAAGAGUCAGAGUUCACUUUGACCAAGCUGGUAAAAAAGCUUCAAGAAGACAAUCUAGAUUGAGAAAAGCUGCCAAGAUUGCCCCAAGACCAAUCGAUGCUUUAAGACCAGUCGUCAGAGCUCCAACUGUCAAAUACAACAGAAAAGUCAGAGCCGGUAGAGGUUUCACUUUGGCCGAAUUGAAAGCCGUUGGUAUUGCUCCAAAAUACGCCAGAACCAUUGGUAUCUCAGUUGACCACAGAAGACAAAACAAAUCUCAAGAAACUUUUGAUGCUAACGUCGCCAGAUUACAAGAAUACAAAUCUAAAUUAGUUAUCUUUGACAAAAAGACCAAGGCUUCUGAAGUUGCUUCUUUCGAACAAGUUGAUGUCUCUGCCACCUUCCCAGUUGAACAACCAGCUCCAGAAUCUGGUUUGAGAGCUGUUGAAGUUCCAGAACAAACUGCUUACAGAACCUUGAGAUUGGCUAGAAACGAAAAGAAAUACAAGGGUAUCAGAGAAAAGAGAGCUAAAGAAAAGGCUGAAGCCGAAGCUGAAAAAGCUAAAAAAUAA